AUGGCGGCGCCCCCUCUGAGGAGACGGGCUGAGAUUGCCCUGUACUUCUCCAGGGAGGAAUGGAGCCUCCUUGAUGAGGGUCAGAGACAGCUGUACCUGAAUGUGAUGCUGGAGAACUUUGAACUUACAUCCUCACUGGGUUGCUGCUGUGGAGCAGAGAAUGUGGAGGCAACGACUGAACAGAAGGUUUCUGUAAGAUUGUCACAGGCAAGGAAUCCCGAUUUAGCCUUGUCUUUCCAGAAGAGCCACCCGUGUGAGGGUUGUCAACUAGUCUUGGGAAACAUUUUCCACGUGAUGGAGCUGCAGGGAACACAACACGGACAGAUACUGUUGAGAUGUGGGGCGUGUGCAAAACGAUUUUAUUUUCAUGCAAAAUUUCACCAGCAGCAUAUGAGAGAGAAGACAUUCAAUACAGGUGUGGACAGGAUCUCACUUGCAAACUGCCACAAUUUCAAUGUAUCCCAGAAUCGUUUCUCCUGCAGGGAGGUUGGGCAGGAUGUCCUUACUGGGUCAGGACAUCUCCAGCUAAAGGCUACUCAGACCAGGGACAGUCCAACUGCAAUUUUGACAUCUGGGAAUACAUAUCAAAGGAGAAAAAAUUUUUACAGUAGAAAAAAAUGUAAGAGAGACACUAGUUGCACCCACACGUUUAUUCAGGAAAAAGGUGUCCAUCUUGGAAGUCGGUGUUUUAUGUCCUCUGAAUGUGGAAAAUAUUUUACCAAAUUGUCUAGCUUUCAUUAUCAACAAAGAGGUCACACUGGAGAAAAGCCUUAUAAAUGCAGUGAAUGUGGGAAAACUUACACCAGUAGCACUGAAAUUUUUCGUCAUCAGAGAGUGCACACUGGCAAAAGUCCUUAUCACUUCAGUGAAUGUGGGAAAUAUUUUACCCAGAUCAGUGAUCUUCAUUGUCAUCAGAGAGUUCACACUGGAGAAAACCCUUACAAAUGCAGUGAGUGUGAGAAAUCUUUUAUGACUAGCGGUGCCCUUCAAUGUCAUCAGAGAAUUCACACUGAAGAAAAGCCUUAUAAAUGCAGUGAAUGUGGGAAAUGUUUUACCCAGAGCUCUACCCUUCAUCGUCAUCAGAGACUUCAUACAGGAGAAAAGCCUUAUCAGUGCAGUGAAUGUGGAAAAUCUUUUAUCGCUAAGGCUGAUGUUCAUCAACAUCAGGGAGUUCAUACGGGAGAAAAGCCUUAUCAAUGCAGUGAAUGUGGGAAAUCUUUUACCUCUAAGAAGAUCCUUCAUCGACAUCAGAGAGUUCACACUGGAGAAAAGCCUUAUAAAUGCAGUCAAUGUGAAAAAUCGUUUUCACGUAGAAGUCGUCUCCAGGAUCAUCAGAGAGUUCACACUGGAGAAAAGCCUUAUAAAUGCAGUCAAUGUGAAAAAUCGUUUUCACGUAGAAGUCGUCUCCAGGAUCAUCAGAGAGUUCACACUGGAGAAAAGCCUUAUAAAUGCAGUCAAUGUGAAAAAUCGUUUUCACGUAGAAGUCGUCUCCAGGAUCAUCAGAGAGUUCACACUGGAGAAAAGCCUUAUAAAUGCACUGAAUGUGAAAAAUCUUUUAAAUUCAGCAGUGGUCUCCAGUAUCAUCAGAGUGUUCACACUGGAGAAAAGCCUUAUCAAUGUAAUGAAUGUGGAAGAUCUUUUACCCAGAGCAGUGCCCUUCGUCGUCAUCAGACAGUUCAUACAGAAGAAAAGCCUUAUAAAUGCAGUGAAUGUUGGAAAUCUUUUAAAAGUAGAAGUGGUCUCCAAUAUCAUCACAGAUUUCACGUGGGAAAAAAACCUUAUCAAUGCACUGAAUGUGGAAAAUCUUUUACCGGUUAAACCGAACUUCAUUGUCAUCAGAGAGUUCAUACAGGAGAAAAGUUUUAUCAAUGCAGUGAAUGUGAAAAAUCUUUUACCACGAAGACCCGCCUUCAUCGUCAUCAGAGAGUUCAUACUGGAGAAAAGCCUUAUAAAUGCAGUGAAUGUGGGAAAUCUUUUAAAAGUAGCAGUGGUCUCCAAUAUCAUCAGAGAAUUCACCCUGAAAAAAAGCCUUAUCAAUGCAGUGAAUGUCAAAAAUCUUUUACCACUAAAACCGUCCUUCAUUGUCAUUAGAGAGUUCAUACAGAAGAAAAGCCUUAUCAAUGUAGUGAAUGUGGAAAAUCUUUUACCACUAAGAAAAACCUUCAUCGUCAUCAGAAAAUUCAUACGGGAGAAAAACCUUAUAAAUGCAGUGAAUGUGGAAAAUCUUUUACAGGUUGCAAUUGUCUCCAAAAUCAUCAGAGUUCACACUGGAGAAAAGCCUUAUAAAUGUAUUAAAUGUGGAAAUUUUAUGAGGGCAGAAGUGGUUUCCUAUAUCAUCAGAGAGUUCACAAUGGGGGCAAGCCAUAAUGAGUGCAAUUAAUAUGAGAUAUCUCUCAGCCAAUUUCUAAAUUUCUCUGCACAUGAGUCCAAAUGUGAGAAAUUUCUUAGAUGUGUAGGAAAUGUAGUUUCUUAGUUAGGACUUAACAUUAGUACAAGAAAAUUUGUGAAUCCUCAUUUUUCUGAAUUGAAUCUGAUACAUUUAAUCACCUACAUUAUGUAAA